AUGGGGGAUGUCGCUCCCAGCAAGUGGUUCGGCAAAGAUGUGCGCGGCGUUGUUGGCGAUAGCCCUGGGGCGCCUCGGUUUGACGAGGACCUCCGGCUGGUGAUGGAACCACACCUCGCCAAAGCUCGGGAGAAGAGAGAAGAGGCGAGUAAGGCAGGCAAGCCGGUCACCCUGGCGCCCGCGCCUUAUGUGGCCCUGCGCGAUGAGCGCCCGUUUACUUUCGACCCGUGCACAUACCCUUUGCAUUCGGUGCUUGCUGAAGCUUUGGGAGUUGGAUCCCUUGCAGACGUGCACAAGUAUCAGUGCAGGAGCAAGCAAGAGCUUCUGAGCCCGCUGUUGGAUCGCGGCAAGCGACUGCGAUUCCACGAGUUGUACGACGUGUUCGUCACUUCUUUUUGCAUUCCGAUGCUCCAUUCUCUAGCAUUGAAGAUGAAGAUCCUGAACACAACCUCUGACGCAAUCUAUCGUUACCAAGCAUUUCCUUGCCUCCGUGUGGUUCGACCCGGCGAGUUCUCCAUUGGGCCGCACUGCGACACAGCCUACGGCCACAGCAUGGGCAAUCUGAACUUCCACGUUCCUCUCACACCGGUGCUAGGAGCGGAGGGUGCCAACGCUCUGUUUGUGGAGUCUCGCCCAGGGGCCGAAGAUUGGCAUCCUUUGACAGCGAAGCAUCCGGGUCAUGGCUUCAUGUUCGAUGGCGCACGCUGCAUACACUUCACCCUGGAGAACACUACGGACACCACGCGCGUAUCCCUUGACUUCCGCAUCGCUCUCUUCCAGGAGGGUGCCGAGGCACCGUGCACCAAGGACCAACUCGCCGAUAGCUUUUGCACCGGCAGCUGCAGCUACUACGACGAGGCAGUUGUUUCCAUGGACCCGGGACCCGCCAACGUGACGAAGAAAGCAAAGGAACGUCCAACCCAGUGUGCCUUGGACUGGGUCAUCGGCCGGGAGCCGGAAAGCGAGCUUCGCGUCUUCCAAACCUUGAACGAAGCUUUUGCCGUCUCGGACCCCUAUCCAGGAGGCAUGCAGGGCCUAGGGGGCCUGAUCGCUUUCGAGGAGACGACGCCCGAGGCUUCCCCGGCGGGCAACGAGAAUGCAAUUCCUGCCCAGGACGCCGGAAAUGCCAAUGAACUUCGCGACAAAGUCUCGUUUCACGCACAAACUGCAAAAGCAGUAGCUACGUGCACCUAA